AUGGAGUUUACACAAGUACUAGUAUUAUUUCUGUUUUCGCUUGGAGUUAUCUUUCAUUCCUUUGGAAUCUAUUUAUUACAUCAAACGAAAAAGUCUUCACCCAAUAAAACUCAAUGGUUGUAUUUGUUGAAUUUAAGCGUCGCAGAACUUGUCUUAUGCGUUACAGGCGCUUCUAGAAGAUUUUUCAAAUUCAUACAUCACAAAGAAAUAGCAAUGAGUAUCACAUUGUAUCAAUGGACGGGCUGUUUGCUAGUAUACUUCAUAGCUAUGAUUGCAUUAACUGUUGACAGGUUCUUAGCUGUAUAUUUGAAUAUCCGUUACCAACUUCACUGUACUGAAAUGAAAACAAAUAUAUUCAUAAUAAGCACAUGGGUUAUCUCAACGUUAUUUGCAGUAAUAAUAAAUGAAUCGUUUUCGGAAGAGGAAAUCCUCAACCUAACAAUUAUGUACCUUUUUCCAGUAUGUGAAGGAACAUUUCUUUUGAUUGCUAUCUUCACGUACGCCUAUUUUUACAAGAAGGUGCGUCGAAACAGGAUACGACAUUCUGUGGCUGUUUCAUCUGUCACCGCUGGCGUAUCAGAAGGAGAAAAUCGAAGACAAAAGCAAAGAAACAAUGGAUUAUAUGUUCCCACUUUAAUCGUAAUUACUUUUGUUUUCUUUGUGAUACUGCCAGAUCAAGUGUUUUUUGUAACAACCAUCUUGCAUAUCAGAAUUUCACAUUUGAUUUUAAACAUUAUGGGCGUGGGAUACGCUCUAGGAUUUAUACUGGACGCAAUAAUAUAUGUGUUUCUAUGUUCACAAGUAAGACGGGUUGCUCAUCGAAUUUUCAAAAGAUGUUGUAACGAAUUGUAA